GUAUCAUCAAACAAUUAUGUUCUCUUGCAUCAUAUAUAUUUCUUUUUAGUUUUUUCUUUCUUUCUUACAUCACAUGAUGAUAGGCACACAUGUCACAUAAAUCAUUAUGAGUAAUAUGAUUAUCAAUCUCACAUUUCUUGGAUAACACUCUUCACAGCCUUUGAAAGAUCACACGUAACUCUUUUCAGUUUCAUUCUUAAUUUUCAAUCCUCACCUACCCAACCUCCCUUCAAAGCAAUCUCUCUCCCUCUCACUCACUUUCGUAAGUUUAGCCUAAAAACAUUUCCAAUCUCUCUUAACUGGAUUAAUUGAAAGAAUUUGUUAUAGUUAACAAGUAAUAAUCUUCAUACUAACUAGAGAAUCCUACUCUUCACCUUACUGCAUCUCUCUAUAUAACAAAUCCUAAAACCUCUCACAAUACACACACCACACAACAACAACAAUGGCUAUUUUGAGAAAAUUUAUUUCCUCAAACCUCUUCAUCUUCUUCCUGGUUAUAGCUACAACCAAUGGUCAGGCUCCAGCUCCAACCCCUUCCGGUUCAACCAACAUAACCGCAGUUCUAGAAAAGGCUGGUCAAUUCACAAUGUUCAUAAGACUCCUCAAGAGCACCCAAGCCGCAGACCAAAUCAACACUCAGCUCAAUUCAUCCUCGAGCCAAGGCCUAACCGUGUUUGCCCCAACCGAUAACGCCUUUAGCAGCCUCAAAUCCGGAACCUUAAACUCAUUAUCUGACCAGCAAAAAGUUCAGCUUGUUCAGUUCCAUGUCCUUCCUACACUCUUAACCAUGCCUCAGUUUCAAACUGUCAGUAACCCCUUACGCACGCAAGCUGGCGAUGGACAGAACGGUGAAUUCCCUCUUAACAUCACUAGCUCUGGUAACCAAGUCAACAUCACCACGGGUGUUGUGAGCGCCACCGUGGCUAACUCUGUCUACAGCGACAAGCAGCUCGCCGUGUAUCAAGUGGAUCAAGUUUUGUUACCAUUAGCAAUGUUUGGUUCAAGCUCGGCGGCUCCUGCUCCGGCGCCUGAGAAAGGCGGCUCGGUUACGACAGGUUCAGCUUCCGGUAGCGACGGUGGUGGAGAUACGUCUACUGAUUCAUCUGAUGCAGAGAGGAUCAGAUACGGGAUAAUCGCCACCGUGGCAGCCAUCGCUGCUUCUUCACUGUGGAUAUAACUCGAGAGAGAGAGAGAGAGAGAGCUUUUCAAGAGUCUCCACGUUGGCUUUUAAGAAUAAUGAUGAGUUUAAGUUUGGUUGUAAUUUGAGAUUGUGUUAUCAUGUUAAUGUUUUGAUUCAAAAUGAGACAACGAGUUGCGAUUGCACAAAACAUUUUUUGAUGAAAAAUGCAGCAUGUGUUUCGAGUAUAAUUUGAAUUUGAAGCUUUCGAUUUUGA